AUGGCGGAGCCCCUUUCGGAUUUAUCCAGCGCAAAUAUCAAUACUGGAAGCCCCUCAGUUGUUAGCAAUACAAACUACACCAUGUCUGAAGAUACCAGCUUUACGGAAAACACACCCAUGAGCGGGAGCGUGGGGAGUCCACCAAGUUCGCCCUUCGUCGAUGCGACACAUGAUGCGACAGAUCCGAGCAAGGAGAAUAUCUCUCCUAUCAAGCAACAAAUGUUGGCGUCAAGGAAAUCAAUUGAUGGAGAACACAUGUCACCCCUGAAGCUGUUGAAGAGCCAGACUUCACCCACCAAAUCAUCAGAUGGCACACGCAGUCCGAGAAAGAUGUCGACACCCAUGAGAUUUCCUGUGAAGCCUACGACUGCUACACCUUCGCCUUUGAAAUCGCCUGACCCGCCGGUCGUCGUUGAGCAUGAAAUGGACCUGGAUGACCCAAUACUAAGGGAUAAUGAAGGACUUACGAAAGCGAUCGAGAUAUUGGAAGAAGACGAUGAUGAUAAUGAUAACGAAGAGGGGCAAACGAUGAACGAAACUUUUGCAUAUAUAGGUACUGGUAGCGCUACUAGCGCUUCAGAGAAAGAUGCGCACAAUUUGAUGGACGAUACAAUGGUCAGCACAUUCAGCGAAUUUUCCGCUAUGCCAGAUAUGACAACGUUUUCGAGACUGGGACAUACCAGCCCGAACUUCCCAUCAAUGGGUGCACCAACACCAAGACAAAAUCAUCGAUUCAGUACCCCAGCUACGGCACGCAGGCAAGUGAAUACAUCUGAGGAUUUUUCGCCAGCACCAUACGGGCAUAGAAAUGUUAAAAGUAAAGAUGAUGAGAAUACUACUAACCUUCUUGACUUUACCGCACAAAUGAAUGGGUUCAACGGCCGCGGUCCCUCACCUUCAAGGAAUAGGAUGUCAAUGUCACCUUCGAAAACUUCGGCACCUGAACAUUGGUAUGGGCCAAGUGCUGCCGCGACACCUAAAUCAAACCGUAUGAGCAACUUACUCGAUUUCGAUAUUCCUCCUGCCCCUACACCUAGAAGUUUACCUUCUAUUACACCUAGAGAAAUUGAGAGAUUGAAAUCAGACUUCUUAUCGGAGAUUAGUAACUUGAAAGCUACGUUGAGUGGCAAGGAAGCUGAAUUGCAGUUCAUGAAAACGGCCGUUGGAGACGCUGAAAAGAGAGUUGGAGAGAGUCAGGAACAAUUACGAGAAGAACGAAAUAUACAAGAUCAACUGGCUGCCGAAAAAGAGGAGUGGGAGAAGAGAGGUCGGGAAAUGGAAGCUGUGUUGAGGAACGUCAGAGAAGAAAUGGUUCAAACAGAGCAAGAACGUGAGGAGUUGGAUGGUCGAUUGGAGGAAAGUGAGAGAAGAAGAGAAAUGGCGGAGAUCAUGGCUCAAGAGGCGCAGAGGAAUUUAGCGGCUAUGCGUGCUGGAAAAACUACACCUGGAGCCACUUCACCCCCUGUCGAAACGCCCUUGAAAUCUCCAACAGAAUGCCACUGCGGAGGUCGAACUGUCGAACUUGCGGUCGAGAAGGUAUCCAGAGAGUUACAUUCCCUUUACAAGGAGAAGCACGAAACUAAAGUCCAAGCUCUCAAGAAAAGUUAUGAACGUCGUUGGGAUAAGAAGGUUAAAGAAUUGGAAGCUACUGUUGAGGAUCUCACCAAGGAGAACGAAGAAUUGAGGUUGGGCGGCAAUACCACGACACCCAAAGCGGAACCUUUGGCGGAGGAUAUCGAACAACAAGCAGCACGCGAUGCUAGAACCAAGGAAUUGGAGGCAGAACUCGAGGGCUUGGGCAUAGAAAUUAAGAGUGUCAGGGAAGACAACGAUGAUCUCCGACACAUGCUUGAAGAGGAAAGAGCCGAAAAGACUAAGCUGGUUCAGGCUGUUGAUGAAAUGAUUCCAAUGAUCGCUAUGUUCGACGAUAUGGUUGCGAAAAACCUUGAGGAGGAAAAGAAGGCUGUUCCAGCUCGAGCAUCUCCAAUCCCAGAGACACCCGCCUCGCAAAAGAAACAACAUGUUUUCGAAAGCCAAAUGAAGAGUCCUACUUUAGCGAGAACAAGUAGUGUCACUCGACCAAGUGGGUUGAGAGCGCCAAGUGCGGCUGGAGGAAGUAGAAUCGGCAGAGGUGGAAUUGGGAUGGGAAUGGGAAUGGGAAUUGGAGGUGCGGCAGGAAGGGAGAGAAAAGGAAGUCAUGGGAGUGUGGCUAGUCAAGGAAGUAGACCAGGAAGUGGACUUUCGGGCAGAACUAGUAGCAAUUUAUUGAGUAGUAUCGAUAAAAUGGGAGGGGGAGGGUAUGGUCGUUAA